CUACAUCACUGAGAACAUCCUACCAGAAACACAGUGUGGCUUUCGGAAGGAAAGGAGGACUCUGGACAUGAUCUUUGUUGUACGGCAAAUCCAGGAGAAGUGCCGGGAACAAAACAUGGACUUGUACAUAACCUUCAUCGACCUUACUAAAGCUUUCGAUACUGUCAACCGGGAAGCCCUCUGGACCAUUCUUGGGAAAUUAGGUGUUCCACAAAAGUUUCUAAGUAUUCUUCAGCAGCUACACAAUGGUAUGCAGGCACGUGUACUGGUGGGUAGCCAGCAAUCACCAGCUUUCCCUGUAAAUGUAGGGGUGAAGCAGGGAUGCGUGCUAGCUCCAGUGUUAUUUAACUUAUUUCUGGCUGCAGUAACAAUUAGAGAUGGGCCCGAUCCGAUAUGAUAUCGGUAUCGGGUCCGAUAUAGCCGUAAGUCCGUCAUCGGAUAUCGGUCAGACAGGCCCGAUAUAUAUAUUCCAGUUCGCAGCUUGCGCUGGACCUUAAACUCGACGCAAUGCACCGCUCCUUAUUCCAUACCAUGAACCUGCGGCAACUUCAGUCUGAGCGAGCGAAUAACAUUAGCCGUUGUUGUGAACAAAAUGUCGCUCGUUUGGAGAUACUUUAGUUUGGAAACGCCGAAAAGCAAGACAGCUACUUGUAAUGUGUGUAAAGCCAGCGUGCCGAGGGGUGGAAGUACGGUUGCGUCGUACAAUACAACAAAUUUAAUCAAGCACCUGCAGAGAUUUCACGACAAAGAGUACCAGGAGUUUAUGCUAGCAAACAGGGAAAAAGACACCAGGCAGCAGACGCUCGUUGAUGUUUUCCAAAAACGCAACAAAUUUACAGCAGACAACCCAAAAGCGAAAGCAAUAACAGAGAAGUUGCUCAACUUCAUUAUACUUGAUGACCAACCGCUAUCUGUAGUGGAAAAUGUCGGAUUUAGUAGCCUGUUGGAGCACUUAGAGCCCAGGUACAAUCUGCCGUCUAGAAAAUACAUUUCAGAAACUGCUAUACCUGAACUAUACAACCGAGUGUCAUCACGGUUAGCGGCACAGUUGGAAAAUGUUAAAGCAAUGAGCUUCACAACUGAUAUUUGGACCUCAGAUGUGAGCCCAAUGUCCCUCAUAAGUCUCACUGUACACUGGGUGAACUCGGAGUCAUAUGCGCUACAGAGUGCGGUGCUUCAGGUGAAAAAGUGCAGAGGGUCACAUACCAGCAGUACAAUUGCAACCUCCAUUACAGAAAUGCUUAAAGACUGGAAGAUCCAACUCGCUAAAGUGCAUGUGAUUGUGCGAGACAAUGCGAGUAAUAUGAAGAAGGCUAUGGAAGAAAUUGCAGUUCCGAGCUUAGGUUGUUUCGCUCACACGCUGCAGCUCGUAGUGCACGAGGGGCUUAUUUCACAACGCAGUGUUAGCGAUGCCAUAGCAAAUGCGAGAAAAAUCGUGGGACAUUUUAAACACUCGCAAAUUGCACAGUCUCGUUUGGAAGACAUUCAGACUGAAUUAAAAUUGCCCACAAAUCGUCUACGUCAAGACGUUCAGACAAGGUGGAACAGUUCGUUUUACAUGAUUCAAAGCCUUCUUGAACAGAAGCGAGCCCUUUGCGCCUAUGCUGCCGAUCACAACCUGCCUGUAACUCUGUCAGCCAACGAGUGGGCAUUAUUGGAAAAAACCGUGACAGUGCUGGAGCCUUUUGAGGAGUUAACCCGGAACAUCAGCUCAGCGACCUCCACUACAGCAGAUGCGAUUCCAGCCAUCACAGUCUUAAAACGUCUGCUUUCCAAAGAGAGUAGUACUGACAGCGGUAUCAAAACAAUGAAGAGUACACUCCUGCAAGCUGUCGACAGACGUUUCAGCAGCAUAGAAAGUGGUCCCCUCUAUUCAGUUGCCACUUUACUGGACCCCCGAUAUAAAGACAGAUACUUCACAGGUGAAGACACUGCCAAGCAUGCCAAAGCUGCCCUGAUACAAGAAAUGGAAAAAGAUAGAGGAAACACUGCAAAGGGCUUCAGAUAA